CUGAUUGGCUGAAGGUCAAGGCGCAAGCAAAGCGACACGUCUUACCAAACAAUCAAGGGCUGGUGGCGGAUAUUUAAUGCGUCCUCUUCUCCCCAAAUCUUUUUUUUUUUUUAAACAAUCCCUACGAGCUUUUCGUGCUGUAAUCGUUUGAAGGCAUGGCGGAAAGCGAGGUGGACACGCCGAGCACCCCGAUUGAAUACGAGAGCAAAUACUUCGAGUAUCAUGGAGUUCGACUCCCUCCUUUCUGCAGGGGCAAGAUGGACGAAAUCGCCAACUUUUCGUUAAGAAGUAGCGACAUAUGGAUCGUUACAUACCCCAAAUCAGGAACGAGUUUGUUACAGGAGGUGGUGUAUCUGGUGAGCCAGGGUGCGGACCCAGAUGAAAUCGGCCUCAUGAAUAUUGAUGAGCAGCUUCCUGUGCUGGAAUACCCACAGCCGGGGUUGGAGAUUAUCCAGGAACUGACGUCGCCUCGUCUGAUCAAAAGUCACCUGCCGUACCGAUUCCUGCCCACAGCCAUGCACAAUGGAGAGGGAAAGGUGAUAUAUAUGGCCAGGAACCCUAAAGACCUGGUGGUGUCCUACUACCAGUUUCAUCGCUCUUUACGAACCAUGAGCUACCGGGGAACGUUCCAGGAGUUCUGCAGGCGAUUCAUGAAUGACAAGUUGGGAUAUGGUUCCUGGUUUGAGCAUGUUCAGGAGUUCUGGGAGCAUCGCAUGGACUCUAAUGUUCUCUUUUUGAAAUAUGAGGACAUGUACAAGGAUCUGGGGACCCUGGUGGAGCAGCUGGCUCGAUUCCUGGGUAUCGCGUGUGAUAAAGCCCAGCGGGAGAGCAUGGUGGAGAGCUGUAACCAACUCAUUGAGCAGUGCUGCAACUCCGAGGCCCUGUCCAUCUACCGGGGUCGUUUUGGGCUUUGGAAGGACGUUUUCACUGUGUCCAUGAACGAAAAGUUUGAUGGUGUUUACCGACAGAAGAUGGCAAAGUCUGACCUGACCUUUGACUUUAACCUGUGAGGAAGCGACACUGGACUAUCUGUUAACCGCUCAAACAACCAACCAAUCACCUGCUGUGCUUAAUGUCACCUGAUGGACGUUCUCCAUCCAGAUUUUAUCUUUCCAUCCCCGUCAUCUCUUGCUCAUCAGUGCUUUCAUUGGCCACCCAAAAGUUAAUUCUUAGUACAGUGACUAAGAGGCUUUUUUCUCUUGUGUAUUUGUAUUAACAUUGCAUUAGUGUAAGCACAGUGCUUGUUGCAUUUGCACAUUGUACAGAGCUAUUCCAUAUCCCAAAGGCGCUUAUGAAAUGUGUAUUUAUUAAAAAUUAGAAAUGAAAAUGAUUUAGACUAUAUUCUAUGCUUAAGCCCUUACGACAAACUCUCAGGAGGAUUCUUGAAAUCAUUGGCUAAUAGAUGCACCAAAUAUGCAGUCAUCCAAUCACAACUCAGGUUGUAAAAACCUGAGCCUCAUGAUGAAUGCUGAUUGGCUCCUGGCCAAAAGAUCUUAACGUAUGUGUGGAAUGUCAUUUCGCUGCUUCUUGUGCACCUCUCUUAGUGGCUUCUAGACUUAUAUGGUAUGUAUAGUAUGGUUAUUCAUUGAUACCGUAAUGAAAAGUAAUUCACAUUGUUGUUAUGUUCACUUGAUUACAUCUAUAUUUUCAUUUUUGAGUCUAUUUGCAUGAUCCCCCAGGACCAUACACUCUGUCGAAGAGUAGGAAGGGGAUCUUUUUAGAACAUUUCAUUUCAAAUCAUACUUUAAUGCAUCAGAAGUGUUGUUAUGAGCAGAUAUGAGUUUGUAUUUCAUCAUUAUGUUUUGGUCUAGAUGGGUAAGGUGAACUCAGAUACCAGCACUCAUAACAAAGUGACUUGUAACCUCACAUAUCCAACAAUUGCUGUCUUCAGAAUGGAAUACUAGCAUACUAUGUACUAUACAAUCAACCUGAGUGUGUCCCAAUCAACCUGAAUGUACCCUACAGUAUGCUAUUGUCAAAAAUGAGUAUGUAUGCAUUAUGCCACUAAAUAGUUCAAUCAGUUGUAUGCCACAUUGUCACAUGACCUCAUUAGGCGCAUGUUUAAUUCAGAGAGCGAUGGUUGUGUCAGAAAAUAAAAUAACUAUUUUGCAUUUUCCGAUCCCAAAAAUCUCUUGGCAUUCUGAUCAUGUAAUGACACGAUAACAUAUUACAUCUGGUUCAUUUGCAACACAUUUUGAAUUGAAGGUUGAGUGCAUUCUGUAUUAUAGUUUCAGCCAUGGAAUAAACAACAUCAUUUAUCUCAAA